CCGCAAUAAAAAGCAGAAGAAACAGAACAAGUUGCAAAAUUUUGGCAGUCAUGGACAGAGGCAGAGGCGUGUACUCUCCCUUGUUUGAAACAAAGAAAGGCAGAGGAAGACUUAUCUAUAGGCUCUUUUCAAUCUCAUUAUUUACAGCCAUAAGCUUCAUCUGGCUCUACAGAUUCAACCACAUCAUAACCACAAACUAUACUCAACAAGAAGAAGAUGGAGGAAAGUUGGUAUGGUUUGGUAUGCUUGCUGCAGAACUAUGGUUUGGCUUUUAUUGGUUUCUCACUCAAGCUUUCAGAUGGAACCUUGUCUUCAGACAACCCUUCAAGGAUAGACUCUCCCAAAGAUAUGAGCAUAUGUUGCCAGAAGUGGACAUAUUUGUAUGCACAGCAGAUCCAGAAAUAGAGCCACCAAUGAUGGUAAUAAACACAGUGUUAUCUGUUAUGGCUUUUGAUUAUCCAUCUGAAAAGUUGAGUGUGUAUCUAUCUGAUGAUGGUGGGUCAGAAAUAACCUUCUAUGCUUUGUUAGAGGCUGCUACUUUUGCAAAACAUUGGCUACCUUUUUGCAAGAGAUUCAAAGUUGAGCCCAGGUCACCUGCUGCAUAUUUUAAUGGCAUUAAAGACACUAAUAUUGCUAAUGAGUUGGUAGCUAUCAAGAAAUUGUACAAUGAAAUGGAAAAACGAAUUGAAGAUGCAACAAAGUUAAAAAGAGUACCCCAAGAAGCACGUUUAAAGCAUAAGGGAUUUUCUCAAUGGGAUUCAUAUUCAUCUAAACGUGACCAUGACACAAUUCUUCAAAUACUACUUCAUAAAAAGGACCAUGAUAACUCUAAAGAUGUACAUGGUUUCAUGUUGCCAACUUUGGUGUAUUUAGCCCGAGAGAAGAGGCCUCAAUAUCACCACAACUACAAAGCUGGAGCUAUGAACUCAUUGUUAAGGGUGUCUUCGAUUAUCAGCAACGGGAAAGUCAUUCUAAAUGUAGAUUGUGACAUGUACUCAAACAAUUCAGAAUCUAUAAGAGAUUCUCUCUGUUAUUUCAUGGAUGAAGAGAAAGGCCAUGAAAUUGCUUUUGUGCAGUCUCCACAGGCCUUUGAAAAUGUUACUAAGAAUGAUUUAUAUGCGAGCGCUCUACUAGCAAUUGCCGAGGUGGAGUUCCAUGGGGCAGAUGGUUGUGGUGGCCCUUUGUACAUAGGAACUGGAUGCUUUCACAAGAGAGAAUCUCUUUGUGGAAUGAAGUUCAGUGAUGAAUAUAGGCAUAACUGGAAGAGUGAAGAUAACUUGUCCACAGAAGAAACCUUGCAUGAACUAGAAGAAAAAUCAAAGGGUCUUGCAAGCUGCUCAUAUGAAGAAAAUACACAAUGGGGAAAAGAGAUGGGUUUGAAAUAUGGAUGUCCAGUGGAAGAUGUGAUAACAGGGUUGUCUAUACAAAGCAAUGGAUGGAAAUCAGUGUAUUACAAUCCAGCAAGGAAGGCUUUCUUAGGUGUAGCUCCAACUUCUUUGCUUCAAGUACUUAUUCAACAUAAGAGAUGGUCUGAAGGAGAUUUUCAAAUUUUGUUUUCUAAGUAUAGUCCUGCAUGGUAUGCUUUUGGGAAGAUUAAUUUGAGCCUCCAAAUGGGAUAUUGUGCUUAUUGCUUAUGGGCACCUAAUUGUUUAGCAACUUUGUUUUACUCCAUCAUCCCUUCCCUUUAUCUUCUUAAAGGCAUCCCCUUGUUUCCAAAGAUAUCAAGUCCUUGGUUCAUACCUUUUGCAUAUGUAAUAAUUGGAGAAACUAUUUAUAGUUUGUUAGAGUUUAUGUUAAGUGGAGGGACAUUUGAAGGUUGGUGGAAUGACCUAAGGAUAUGGUUAUACAAAAGGACAAGCUCUUACCUAUAUGCUUUCAGUGACACCAUUUUGAAGCUUUUUGGAUUUUCAGAUUCUCUCUUUACAAUCACGGCUAAGGUUUCAGAAGAAGAAGUUGUCGAGCGCCACGAGAAAGAAAUUAUGGAGUUUGGAACAUCCUCACCCAUGUUCACUAUAUUAGCAACACUAGCAUUGUUCAAUUUAUUUUGUUUUCUUAAUGUGUUGAAGAAUGCAAUCUUGAGGGAUGGUGGUUUUGGAGCAUAUGAAAAAAUGGGAUUGCAAGUUAUAUUAUGUGGAUUUUUGGUUCUCAUUAAUUUGCCUCUAUACCAAGGCCUUUUCUUAAGGAAGGAUAGUGGCAAAUUGCCAAGUUCUCUUGCCAUGAAAUCAACAACAUUGGCUCUAGCUCUAGUUCUCUCCUUCACCUUUAAUUUGUAUGACAAAAAGAAAGACUUAUAGUUUGAUUUCAAUUGGAAGGGUACUAUUAGUUUUUCAACAUGUCAUUUUGUUGUUUAGUUAUAUCCUCCAUUGAAUUAAGAUUUUCUUCUAAGUGUUUUUCUUUUAUAUAAAUAAUAAUAAAUUCAA